AUGGCGGUCAAACUCGAUGAGGCGGCAGUGGGCAAGCGCAGAGGUGGAGCUUACGCUGGCUUUUUUGUUAGAUAUAAAAGGCUUAGCUGGGUCGAUGCUAAACACAGCGCCUGGGACGUGGAUGAGGGGAGCUGCGCGGAGCGGAGAGCAGUGCUGGCCAUGGGGAGGGCAGUCCCAUCCCUCCUGGCCCUGCUCAGCCUAACAGCGACGAUUUGUGAUGCCCAGGACACCUGCCCAGAGGUGAGAAUAGUGGGACUGGGUGAUGCUGACCGGCUCGCCAUUCUCCAAGGAUGCCCAGGGAUCCCAGGUGCCGCUGGCCCAAAAGGAGAACCAGGUCUCCCAGGAACAAAAGGAGAAAUGGGACCCCAGGGACUCCCCGGGAAAGCAGGACCACCUGGUGUAAAAGGAGCAGCUGGAGACCCUGGCUUCCCAGGACCGAAAGCCAGAAACUGCCAAGAGCUGUUGGGUAAAGGGAAGAUCCUGAGCGGCUGGUACACCAUCUACCCCCAGGGCUGCAACGCCACCACCGUCUUCUGCGACAUGGACACAGACGGCGGAGGAUGGAUUGUUUUCCAGAGGCGCUGGGAUGGGUCAGUGAACUUCUUGCGAGACUGGGACUCAUACAAACGAGGCUUUGGCAACCAGCUGACAGAGUUCUGGCUGGGGAAUGACAACAUCCACUUCCUCACCUCGCUGGGACCCUGUGAACUCCGCAUUGACCUGAGAGACUUUGAAAACAACUACUAUUUUGCCAAGUACGCUUCAUUCAGAGUUUUAGGAGAGUCUGAGAAAUACAAACUGGUUCUAGGCGACUUCCUUGGUGGAAAUGCUGGAGACUCCUUAUCAUACCACAAGGACAUGCCAUUUUCAACAACAGACCAGGACAACGACAUGAGCUCCUUUAACUGUGCCACAGAAUACAAGGGAGCCUGGUGGUACAACGAUUGCCAUUUCUCCAACCUGAAUGGGAUGUACUGGCUGGGCGUCCACGGGAGCUAUGCUGAUGGCAUAAACUGGAAGACGGGCAAAGAAUACCAUUACUCCCAUAAGCGAACGGAAAUGAAGUUCAGGCCCGUUUGACAUGGCAAGAGGGUGUCUGACUACCACCAGCAGGUGCCACUCAACAGCCAAGAGAAGACACAAAAGAUAAUGUUGUUUGAGG